CACACUCUCUCGUCGACACGGCGCGGCACGGCAGGGAGGUGGCCGGCCGAGACGCCAUGCACGCGGCGCCUCGGAGCAGCAGCUGCGCGGCGGCGGCGGCCGUCGCCGUCCUCGCGGUCUCCCUCUCGCUGCCGCUGCUCGCCCCCUUCGGCGCGGCGCAGGAGACCGGUAGGCGUUUCGGGUUCCCACGCGCACGCCCACGGCACCACGACGAGGUGGAGUUCAGCUACCGGCGGGACGCCGGGAACGGGCCGGAGCGGUGGGGGCUGGUGCGGCGGGACUGGGCGGCGUGCUCGGCUGGGCGGCUGCAGUCCCCGAUCGGGCUCUCCGACGCCGUCGCCGGGCUCGCCGACCGCCCGGGGCGGCUCGGCCGGUCCUACCGCCCCGCCGCCGCGUCCAUCGUCAACCGCGGCCACGACGUCAUGGUGCGGUUCAACAGCAACCCCGGCGGCGUGGUCAUCGACGGCGUCGCGUACCGGCUCCGGCAGAUGCACUGGCACUCGCCCAGCGAGCACGCCGUCAACGGCCGCCGCUACGCCCUCGAGCUCCACAUGCUGCACCAGAGCGACGCCGGCGGCGGCAGCAAGUACGCCGUCGUCGCGCAGCUCUACACCUUCAGCCGCCGCCGCCGCGACAGGACCAUCCACAGGCUGGAGCGGUACAUCAGGAGGAUCGCGAGGAGGAAGGACCACGAGGAGCUCAUCGACGACACGGUGGACCCGCGUCGGCCGGUGAGCCGGAGCACCGUGUACUACAGGUACGCGGGCUCCUUCACCACGCCGCCCUGCACGGAGGGCGUCACCUGGGUGGUCGCCCGGCAGAUAAGGCACGUGACGCGGCGGCAGGUCAGGCUGCUGCGGCACGCCGUCCACGACGGCGCCAGGAGGAACGCGCGGCCGAUCCAGGAGUCCAACGGCAGGGGCGUCUCCUUCUACUACACCUCGCCGGGGCACGCCCGAGGGGGCCCGGGGGACUAGGGAGCAGUUCGUGCAUGCCGAUCAGAUAGUGUUUGUUGUGGGUUGGGACGUACGGGCACAGAUCAACUCGUGUUCACCCAAUCAAUCAAUUCAUUGCAGCGUAGUACAAUUGCAUUGAUACGAUCUUGAAAGAAAACAUACAAUUGCAGUGCAGUACAAUGGAAACCGAGUACG